UAAGCAAAGAUGCCAGUGCAAUACCUGCAAUGGCUUCUUUAUCUACAGCUGCUGCUAUAUUGUGCAGUAUUAAAAGCUGGGAAAGUUCCGUCCAUCAUCGUCUUCGGCGACUCCACCGUCGAUGCCGGCAACAAUGACUACAUUCUCACUCUCGCGAAGAGCAACUUCAAGCCCUACGGUCGCGACUUAGACGGCGGAAAGCCCACGGGGCGGUUCUGCAACGGCCGCCUCGCCACCGAUUUCAUCUCCGAGGCCUUCGGGCUCCCGCCGCUCGUCCCCGCGUACCUCGACCCGGCCUACAACAUUCAGCAGUUUGCCUCCGGCGUCUGCUUCGCUUCUGCUGCAACCGGAUACGAUAAUGCCACUGCCAACGUUCUCUCAGUGAUACCACUAUGGAAGCAGCUGGAGUACUUCAAAGAAUACGUAGGGAAACUGAAGAGCUUUCAAGGAGAAGCGAAAGCUCAAGAAACACUGAUCAACGCCCUCUAUGUCAUGAGCCUGGGGACCAACGACUUCAUCGAGAACUACUUCACGUUGCCGGACGGCCGGUCGUCGCAGUUCACCGUGCCGGAGUACGAGGACUUCCUCCUCGCGUUAUCUGAAGGGUUCGUCCGCGACAUCUACCAGCUCGGCGCCCGCAAGCUGGACCUCACGGGCCUCCCGCCGAUGGGCUGCUUGCCGCUGGAGCGGGUCACGAACCGGGCCGCGCCCGGAGAUUGCAACAAGGAGUACAACAAAGUGGCGCGUGAGUUUGACAUGAAGUUGCUGGGGUUGGUGCAUAAGCUAAACGCAGAGUUGGAUGGUAUGGAGAUUGUGUAUGGCAAUGUGUACGAUCUCUUAGAUGAUGUGGUUCGGAAUCCUGCUUCGUAUGGUUUUGAGAAUGCAGUGACCGGGUGCUGUGGCACGGGGCUGUUCGAGGUGAGCUACAUCUGCAACAAGAAGACCCCCAUUACAUGCGAUGAUGCGAACCGGUAUGUGUUCUGGGACGCGCUCCACCCAACGGAGAGGAUGAACCAUCUCAUUUCUAACUAUCUUAUGAACACCACACUCUACGUAUUCUUGUGAAUUCUCUAGCUUGCUACAAAUCCUCUCAAGCUUCCGCUGAGUGAAAGCGGACUUGCUUCUUGUUCAGAAAACAGGAACUUCUUCCAUCGAGGUAGUCCUUCCUUUUCCACCUGACGAGUCAAUCCGAAAAUAGAGAGUU